GUUUAAUAAAUCUAGUUUUGAUUCUAACAUUGUUUGUCUUGCUCAGUCGCGCGUACAUCCUCUUCUCGUCUACUCAAUGGGUUUCAAUACUCUUCACUAUUCGCAUCCUCGGACAAAUGGCCAAGGAAGUCGAAGAUGCCGGUUAUUCCGGAACCUUCCACCGCAACGCACAGCAAAAAGCCUACAGUAGUUUCUCUGCUUUAUUUAAGCAUAUUUAUUUGGGCAUGAUUUAUCUGCAUUUGGCAACACCCCAACUUGGACAUGGCUCAUAUUUGCAGCACAGCGUUGAUCUUUUCUGGCAAUAUUUCUCGCAAAAUAUGCAGGUUGCUUCGCAGACUGUAUUUCCACAUUCCGAAACGCGACAGUUUUUCGCUUCAACACAUGAACCUUGCACCCAUUCUCCGGUCGUCAGUCUAGGUCAAUUUCACUAA